ACGGUCGACCUGUAAUUUCAUUAAAUAAUUUAAAUAUUUAGUAUUCAAAUGAAAAGGUAUAUUCUCGUUCUUUUAAAGAAUCUUGGUUGAGAUUUUAUAUACACCUUGAAAAUAUCUGCUUCACCCCUCGUUUGGUUCACGAGCUGCUAUUGCUGCGGACGUUCGAUUCCGCGUCUGUAUGUGUUGUGUUCGCGGAUCUAUUGUCGCAUUGUUUUCCGCCAACUUGUUUUCGAUACAUUGGAUUUUUAUUUUUGUCGUUUUGCCGGCAUUUUUAUUUAUUGUGUUGUCGACGUCCACUGUGCCACCUGAGAGACGCCCCUUUUCACGUGUCCUCUCAACGGCUGUUUCGCUGAAACCACCAUCUUUGUUGGCCUGUUGGUGAGCUGUCAACUCAACGCUCAGUGCCUGAAUAUCGUCACGUCCAGACAGUUGUACAUAUUAAUAAGCUUUUGCAUCAUCUGAAUCCCGUUUCUUCAUCAUCGCGAGUCAGCGCAAUAAACGGCAUAUAGUAUAUUGUGAUAGCGCAUCAAGUAACUUACAAGAACCUCCCAAAGUUGUGUGAGCCGUUAGCUAAUGAAAAUGGACUCAGUUGAAGAAGUAGAACUUCCAGCUAACAUAAACUUGAUACGUUUCGAGAAACCAGAGUUGGUGACACAUAAAAUGCAAUAUAAACAAGAAAAAUGUACAGAUUCAAAUGUUUCAACAUUAAAUUUUGAAGAAGAUGUGAAUAUUAACCAAGGCCUAAAAUGCGAUGACGUUUUGAAUCAAAUAUUGCCAGCAAAGGAAUGGGAAAAGGAUGGGAAAUUAUACCGUCAAAAGCUAUCCAAUCAGCCAGGUACUAAAUUGGAUAUGAAAAAUCUUAAUAUGAAAUUGAACAUGUAUUUGAAACAAUUCAAUGCCAAAGAGGUGGGCAUUUGUCCGAUAAAAGAGCAACUGUACUUCCAAUGUUUCAACGAAAUUAUUAGACAAGUGACGGUAAACUGUCCAGAAAGGGGCAGCAUGUUAAUCCGAGUUCGUGAUGAAAUCCAAAAAAAUUUAAACAGUUAUCAAAAGCUGUACGAGAGCGUAAUAACAUUUGGAAUCCGAAAAUCAUUGUUGCAAAAAGGUCAAAUGAACAAUUUGAAGACAAUAAGAGAAAAUUUGAAGACCGAAAAUGAAAAAUUAGAGGCAGCGUUUGAUAAAACGAUUGCGAAGACGGAGCAACUCAAAAUCGAGAUGGCCAAAGCGGUAAAUGCAGAAGAAACACGUCACGCUAAAGACUUAGACGAUUUGAAAAAAUCCAACCAAAUAAUGAAAGUUCAAAUAGAAUCCAUCAUUGAUCCGAAAAAUUAUGCGAAUAAGUAACAAACCUAACAACAGUUGAUGUUUAUUAGAUUAAAAUGAUCAAAAAUAAUUAUAUUUUAAAUAGUGUUUCUUAAAUUAUAAAUGUGUUCAUUUAAGCAUAUUAAUUCAUUGGCAUGUUUACGGGAGUA